AUGUCGUCCUCCAUCAACAUCCCCGCCCAAUCCAAGAGGCAGUCCAAGGCCCACAGCCCCAUCAGCUCGUCUUCGUCGACUUACUCGACCUCGCCCUCCACGCCCGCCAAGUCCUCCAACUCGGCCCAGAAACAGAAGAUGGUGCACGAGCGGCGCCAGAGUCUCCUGAGCUCCGCUCUCUCGGAGUCCAAAUCCACCACUAUCAACAUCGGGGACGAGGACGGCCCACCCCGGCUUAUCUCCUACCUCUCCACCAGCCAGGGCUUUGAAUGGAAUCCCGAGCUUUUCCUGCCCUCUUACAUUGAUUACGACUAUACGCCCCUCGAGAACAAGCGCGAGCCCGUCAAGGAGAUUACCCUGACGGAUGAGGAGAUCCGGAACAUGUUCCCCUGCAACUAG